AAUUUGGUGAACUAUUUGUUGUGCUGAAAGAUAAACUAUUUGUUUGAGUUGUAAUAAAUUGAACUAUUUAUUGUUGAUUUAUUUUGUGUGUGUUCGAUCUUCUUGGUUCUAUUUUGAGUGCGAAAUGGUGUUUGUGCUAGGGGCGCGCUGUGUAAAUUUAGCGCGCCUGCUGGAGCUAUAGCGCCGCGCCAUAUUUUGCGGCGCCUGCUCCUGCUACGAGCAAAAAAAGGCUAUUUCGGCACUAAAAAUAGUUUAGCGCGUCGCGCGGUUACGCGCCUGUUGUGCUCUAACCAGAUUCUUUUGCGUGCUACACAAUGUACAAGGAUUAAUUUCAGAUUGCAGAAGGUAAGUGUUCACAUAUGGGAAGCAGCUACUAAUGGUAAGUUGGCAACACGCGGGCACAAGCUUUUACAGCCAAGCUGUAACUGGCUGAGCCAUUCUAAGAUGAUUUCAGAGGCAAACUCCAGAUUGUUUCCGUUUCAAUGCAAUUGCUGCUAUAUUCACAAUCUGUCAAACAGGAUUGGCAACCCUUUAAAGCGCCCACGUAAAAUAAAAAUUUCCAUGUCAGGAACAGCAUUCAAAGAUUUACAGGGCCAUACAUACAUGCUGGAAAAGUAACUACAGUAGCAUGGUACAUAAGUUAUAGCGCAUCUCAGGCUCACAUCACCUAUUCCUCUUGUUGUUUAUUGGAUACAACGACCAUGAAGGAAGAAGAAACCAACAAGAAGAAGAUGCCUGCAAAGAAGAGAUCCAUGUCUGGAAAAGGGAAGAGGCGAAGCGCCAGGUUGCUCAAGCUCGAGGAGCAGAAGAAUGAUGACAAGGAUGGUGGCUGCAUCCUAGAUCCCUGGCACAUCAUCCGGAAUAGCUUCUCCUGCGCCGCGCAAGGGAAGAGAAAAAGGAAUGACGAAGUCCAGGUAAAAAUUUCCAUCAAAGCUAUGAAUUUGUUUUCUCCCUCCCGGUUGAUCUGUUCAUUCAUCUACAUCUUUCUUCAGAAGUUGCAGGGAGAAGCUUCGUGUGGCCAAGAGAUCGAUGCGGCAUAUACCGAUAACAUAUCAGGCAAGGGCGCGACGUCGGAGCAGAUCAUCAACUACAUUCUCAACAUGCUGGAGCUGAGAGACGGACUCGAGUUGUUCGCGAUGCCGGAUGACAUCCAGGUGGGUGAUUGCGCGGAACGGGUAGAGAGGCCCGGCGAUUUUGCGACGUUAAGGCAGAAGAACACAGAUGGCACGUACAAGACACUGGAGCAAUUCGAGAUGGAUAGAGAAAUGAAGAUUUGGUUCCAUGAUCUUCAUGUGCAGAAGGAUGUGUACAUGGUGUUCCAGAAAGCAAUGUCCAUAAACAGCCAGGACACCAUACCUUACAAAGAGGCCGUGGCGUUGCUGGAUCAAGCCAAGCAGGUUUUCCUGUCCCUCAAGAAGAACCGGAUGUACUCCGAGUCGGACCUCCUGGCGUGGCGUCACAAGCAACUCGACGCUGGGCCCAGCAAGGCAGCGAGAGAUCAACAAGGCGGCGAUGCUGCCGUUACACCUGCACAGCAGCGGCACAGCAUCACGCCGCUGAAGAAGAAGGCCGCCGGCGUCGGCGUCGGCGAGAAGAAACACCGGAUCGGCAAGGGAGGAGUCAGAAGCACGCCAUCGCCGGUAAAGAGAGCAAGAAAAGGGUUCGCAGCAGCGACAACGGAACCUGGUGGCGCCAGGGAGCUCAAAAGGAGGCUCACUUACAACGAUGGCGCUGGUCGGGCAACGCCGGUGACGCCGCCGCCGCCUGCCUUCCGAGAUGGGCAAGCUACCGUUGUUUAUCAACAUCUGCAGGUGCAGGGGGGGCACACGUACCAGGAAAGCCUCCGGCGCUUCGUGCGGGACGCAGGGCUCAAGGCAAGGCUGGCCACCGAGUUCAAGAUCCUCGAAUGUGACACUCGGGGCAGGCACAACCCCUCGCCGGCGUCCUACUGGAACGGUUUCGCCCCCAACGCCGGCACCUACUACCCCUCAAGUGCCGCGACGUCACCGGCGGCCGGUGGCGAGCGGCCUUUUCCGGAUUGCAAGCCGGGGACGGACGACCUGCUCAGCCUCGUGAUGCUGAUGGGCACGCCCGCCUUCUUGGAGAGAGCCAAGCACAUGUUUGGUUACACGGCCUCUGAGGACAGCUCCAAGGUGACCAAAGCUGCCAAGGACGCAAAGGUCACCAUCACAGAAGCGCCGCAGACAAGUGACGCAGGCGACCCCGCUGCCACUUUCGGACCAUUCGCUCCGCCCAAGUUGCCCCUCAGCCGGCUGGGCUUCAGCCAGUUCGCCGCCUCUUCUGCCCAGCCGUUCACAGUGAAGUCGAAAUCUCCUGGAGAGAAGAGACGAGAAUGAAGGACGAACCCAGCUCCAGCAAGUUCACUCCGUACAUUUUGUGUCGUGUCCUCAACUCCCAUUGUAUCGCUCAAAGUCAGCGGGAAAUGAUAGUAUUAUUUUAGAAUAAUUGCAACUAGCAUCUCUUUUCUAUCUAAACUUAGUCAAACAUAGUUUAUCAUACAUAAUUGCAA